AUGAACAAGGCCAACCCAGCGUUGUACGCAAGAAAGACACAGAGGCUGCGCUCGCUGUUUGCUUUUGACAGCUGUCGAGAUGGCAAAGCCAAGCAGAGACUGCAUCGAUCCGUCAGAAUGGCGCCAGCCUUGGUGGCCAUGCCAAGCUCGGUGCCCAGCGCCCCAGUCAUUCUGCUCGAGAAGACCGCGGCGCCUCAGGCAGCCGAGUUCAUCAAUGAUUGGGCAGAGAACACCGAGAUCUUUGAGUAUGCAAGUGCUGCCAACCCCGUUCUGAAGCCAGUCCCAGUCAUGGGCCUGCAAGCCAAGGAACACACAAGCGGCCCGUCUCGCGUUGUGACCCUGGACCUUAGCAAGCAGCUGGGGAUUGAGGAGUAUGCGGCCACGUCUCCAAAUCUGCUCGCAAGCUUUGUGAGGGUGUGCACUGGGGAGACACUGGAGACCACGUCCUCGUCAACAUCGCAGGCCUUCUACGUCAUCCACGGAAAGGGCUACUCUUCCACGCCCGCCGGAAAGGUCUCCUGGAGCGCCGGAGACCUUUUCGUUAUCCCAGCAGGGGGCCGUGGCCAGUGCUCUCACACGUGUAUUGAGGACGAGAGCGGGGGGGCGGGUCUGUACUGGGUGAACGACGCGCCGCUGCUGUCGUACCUGGGGGUGGAGCCACGGGUGGCGCGGUUCGAGCCGGCUUACUUCAGCAAGGAGAAGCUGCUGUCCGCUGUGGAGCGUGUGCGCCACGAGCCGGGCGCCGCGCACCGCAACCGGCUGGGCAUUUUGCUCGGCAACGCCAAGACGGCCGACACCAAGACGCUGACGCACACGCUGUGGAGCCUGCUCAACGUGCUGCCGGCCGGGGACUGGCAGCGGCCGCACCGCCACAACAGCGUUGCGCUCGACCUGGCAGUGCACGCGGCACCAGGCGCUUACACGCUCAUGGGCCCCGAGCUGGACGAGACUGGCAAGAUCGUUAACCCGGUCCGGUGCGAGUGGGUUACGGGCAGCAUGUUCGUGACCCCCCCCGGUUGGUGGCACAGCCACCACAACGAAUCCCCCGAGGAGGCCUGGGUGCUGCCCAUGCAGGACGCCGGACUGUACACGCACCAGCGAACACUGGAUAUUCGUUUCGUCGAAGACGAGGUACGAAGGCUGAAGGAGAUGAGGAUCAAGUGAGGAGACUGCGUCAGCGUUGGCCUCGAAACGGGGAGCUUCCCACAAGAGCCGCGUGAUCACAUCUCUGGUCUUCAGGCCAUAUAGUUGUCAAAGCGAUGAUCACUUAGCAUACAUGGUGAUUGCAUUGUCUGGGGGUUUCGAAUAAAGAGCAGGUCAUCAAUGGUUUUAGUAUCAACGAAGAUUCCAGCUGCUAAUAUACUGGGAAGAUUCAGCGAUAUAUUGAGGGACACCCUCAUAUUUUGCGCGCAUUGCGCAACGUGGUUGUGUACAAGGUGAUCAGUAGACUGCACGCACAUUGCGUUCGAUAAACGUGUACAGAUUCAUUUAAUCAUAGACACUCACAGACAAUAAACGUUGAUGCAGACAAUUUGAUCAAAGACGGUCUUCUAAUCAGCUUCUUAUACGCAUGGGACUGACUAUACAGCAAACUUGAAAGCGCAAACAGAUGCUUUUCGAAGAUUUAAUCAAGCAUUCAGUGAGGGACUCGAUUAGCGCAGAUUUUUGAUCGAGCC